AUGGCAGCUUUAUUGAAUCGGAUUCUUCGACGACGCGACCAAUGCACCGUUUCUUAUUCUCGUUUCGGAGUUCCUGGCGAUGUUGCUGAUGAUCGCCCACCGCCAACAUCAAUUGUUAUUGAAGCUUUUGAUGAUAAUGACCCGGAUUUUAUUUUCAUGCGCAUUUGUCACGCUCAGAAGGCGGCUGUGGCAUCUGCUGGAUUGGGUAUGUCUUUUGUGAUUUUACUAUUUAUUUCUACAUUUCUUGAAUUCGAUUGGGAUUUAUACAGAAAAGAUCUGGAUGCUUUAGCCAUAGUAUUUCUCUUCCUUUUUCUGCUAUUUGGGCUUAUUGUUCAUUAUGAUGUGAUCGUUGGCGUAAAAAAACAAUCACCAAAACAUUUAAUUCCUUUCAUCGUUGUUUACUCAUUGCUUAUUGGCAGCGAAACGGUUUUUGCGAUGUAA